AUUUUCUACAGUUAUAUCACAUCACAUCUGCGAUAUGAUCUCCUGAUUUUCUAUAUCGAUUGUGAUUUCUCCUACAAUGCCUCCACCGUCUUCGCAAAGAGCAGACAUCGAGCCUCCAGAGGAAAUCACCACCGAGGCUGUUCGUGGCUUUCUAACGGGUGCUUUUCGCUUUGGCUCCGUCUCCAUCUUGGCUCAUAUGAUUAUGAUCCUCCCUCAUCCCUUCAAAUUCUCGUCGUCCACCGCCGCCGGGACGGGCCCGUCACAUCCUCCGGUUCAGCCACAUCUGCAAGAGCAUCGUCGUCGGCCACCGCGGCCAUCCCCCUUUUCCCAGGAGUUUAUUCGAUCGAGGCUCUUCUACCAGCCGCUCGAGGGGGUUUCCGAGUGGCUUUCCCCGACGGCUCGGAUCUACAGGGGGUUGACGCUGCAGUUCAAGGUCUUUCUGCAGAUCGCGGCCAUGACACUGGGUGGAUGUAUCUAUGCGGAGAGGAGGGUCAAUGAUUAUAUUAAUAUGAUUCGAAAGGUUAAACGGGCAGAACGGUUGCAGGCACAGCGCGAAGCCCGGUAGAGAAUCGGAGGUGUGGUAUGUAUGAUUAUUAUGGAUAGAGAUCUUGUUUCAUCCCGAGGUCGUUCUCUUAAUUUUACCCUAUAUGGAAAGAUAUAUCCUUCGAUUCGGUGGUUCCCCC